UAUACCCCUUCUUCCGAUGCGCCGCCGCACGAUCCAGUACCUGGUCGUCCUUGCCGUCGUCGUCGUCUGUGCCCACUUCUACUUUAGCCCGGACCCAUUGUCGCUGCCACAUACACCGGACUGGCUCGACCUCGAUUACCGACCUGGAUACGCUGGCGCUGACGCAGGGAAAGGCGUUUUAGGCGUAGCUUUGCCGCCGGUGCAGGGUGUGGGGGAGGACUCGGGCAAUAUUCGAGUAGGAGCUGGAAAGACUUCGGGUAUCAAGGAAGUAGGGGCCGGGGCAGGAGCGGUGCCCGCUGGCUCGGGGCAUGGGAUGGGCGCAGAUAUUGAAAAAAGGGAGUCGGUUGUUGGUGCGUUCAAGUAUGCCUGGUCUGCAUACGAGCGCGACGCGAUGGGCUUCGACGAAUACCAUCCCAUCUCGCGUCGGGGCUCCAAUCUCGCUGGAGCAAACGGGAUCGGGUACACCGUCGUCGACGCGCUCGAUACGAUGCUACUCAUGGGGCUCGAGGACGAGUACGGUCGUGCCCGCGCCUGGGUUGAGAAGAGCCUCGACUUCAGCAAAGGUGGAUACGUCAGCACAUUCGAGACAACGAUCCGUGUCCUCGGCGGACUGCUCUCGGCGUACCACCUAUCCGGCGACUCUCUGUACCUGCGACAUGCAUCGGACCUUGGCACGCGGCUCUCGAAGGGCGCCUUUGGAGGCUCGCCGUCGGGGAUGCCAUACCCUCAAGUCAACCUCGGGCCAAGUGCAGGAUUGGGAGCGGGCAUCAGUGUGUCAGAAGUGUCGACGCUGCAACUCGAGUUCCGGUACUUGGCUCACCUGACGGACGAUGAGGACAUGUGGUGGAAGGCGGAAAACGUCAUGUUGUUGCUCAAUCGAGGAAGGCUGGAAAAUGGCCUCGCGCCUUACGCUCUAGAUAUGGCCACAGGAGAGUAUGCCAUGAGCGGUAUUCGGAUGGGAAGUAACGCGGAUUCAUAUUAUGAGUAUCUACUGAAACAAUAUCUACAAACUAAUCAAACGGAACCCGUAUACCUGCAGAUGUACGAGGACUCGAUGCAGGGCAUUAACGACCAUCUCUUGAAGCGCACCCCUGGUGGCGUGAGCUAUAUCGCAGAACUCCUGCGCUCGCCAGGCAAGGACUGGAAAAACUCGUGGACACCAUCACCAAAACAAGAACAUCUUGCGUGCUUCCUAGCCGGCUCACUCAUGCUAGGCGCCACCCGAGUACAUCUGCGACCGGGUGUCUCGCGAGCGUCGAUUCCCCCUAACCUUGACGAAGAGCUGACUUUGACUGGUCGCCGCGACUGGAUGAACGGCGUCCGCAUCCUCGAUGGGUGCAUGGAUACGCACAAGACUAAGACCGGCCUGUCCCCCGAAGGCGUCAAUUUCCGGACGGAGAAUGACAAGCCUAUGGAUCGAGAAUGGUAUAUCCGGGACUGGACACCAAAUAGCCGAAAUCCCGUUUACGACGCCCGUUACAUGCUGCGUCCGGAGAUAUCCGAAUCCGUCUUUCUUGCAUGGAGGCUCACAGGCGACCAAAAGUACCGCGAUCACGCAUGGAAUAUCUUCUCUGCGAUCCAAAUGUACUGUCGGUUGAAGAGUGGUGGGUAUGCCACCGUCUUGGACGUGGAUAGCGUCCCCGUGACGCACUUGGACAAGCAGGAGACGUUCUUCUUGAGCGAGACACUCAAGUAUCUGUUCAUGAUUUUCGCGGACGAGAAUGUUUUGGAUCUCCAUCAGGUUGUCAUCAACACCGAGGCACACCCUUUACCCGUGUUCAAACCCACUAUCAAGCCCAAGUUCACGCACUACCAGUGAAAGGACUAGCGUUCGAUCAGCCUUCAUAUCUACUGUCACCUCUCCAUACUCAUAAAAUCAGCGCAAUAUCACAGCUAACUUAAUCUACAAACAUUAUUCGACCCCGCUUACGCCGCGUGGCUGUUUCAGACAGUUCGACCGAAUUGUAAAGAUCCUCUGAGAA